AUGUUGAUAUUGAGGGUAAAUAUAAUUGCAGUUUGUGAAGAACCACCUGACAUUGAUUUUGGGGAAGUGAUAAGUGAUGAGAAGGCCAGAUACCUGGAGGGUGACAGAACACAAUACAAGUGCAACCCUGGCUAUGUCUUGGAAGGCACUGAAUGGAUAACAUGUCGUGGGCAAAAGUGGACACCUGCACCCAGGUGUUUGGCACCUUGUGGUAUCACAAAACAACAGCUAGAUGCACAAGACCUGUUCCUGCCUGGGAAGCGAAGACGGUCCCAGGUGAUUCAGCAUAACCAGUUCCUGCAAUUCCAGUGCAAGGAAGGACAUGUCAUCACAGCUCCUUCAGUCCGGAAGUGUAUCGAUGGGCACAUGGAUUUGCCGUUGUGUAUCUCUGAAAUGGGGAAAAACUGUAGUCACACACCCACUAUUGAGAAUGGAGACAUUAUCACCUUAUCACAGAAGCAAUAUGCAUCUGGCUCUUCAGUAGAAUUCAAAUGCCAAAAAUAUUAUGCCAUGGAAGGAGAAAACAGAACUUUUUGUAACAAUGGGAACUGGACAAAAGUGCCCAUUUGUCUACAUGCUGCAGGAAAAUGUGGUCCUCCGCCUCGUAUUGAAAAUGGAGACUUUCUGGGCACGACAACUUCGGAAUAUAUGCCAGGGGCACAAGUACAGUAUAAGUGCCAAGCUUUCCACAAUAUGCAAGGAAAUCAAUAUGUACAAUGUGUCAACGGGCAUUGGACAGAUACACCAACAUGCAAAGCUCCUUGUAUAGGAACUGAAGAAGAUAUGAAUCAGAACAAUAUCCGACUGGAGUGGAGAUACAGUGCAAAAUUAUAUACAGUAUCUGGAGACGAGACAGAGUUUGCCUGCAAAUGGGGCUUUGGGCCAGAUCCAUCCUCACCUCCCUUCAGAGCCCGAUGCAGAGAGGGCAAGUUGGACUAUCCAAGAUGUAUACCUCUACGUUAAUUGCAGUUAAAGCACAAUAACAAAAAAU